AUGGCGAAAAAGAAGAACAACUCUGCUAGAGGAUCGGGACCAGCCCCUGCACAGGUGCUCAACCCAGCCGCCCCAGUCUUCACUGAUGAGUCUAAGAAGAAGCUUCGCCGCAAUAUCGUGAAAGAUUUCGACCGCUACUUCGGCGCCCCAAACAAUCUGGACAACUGGCAGAGAUUGUGCCACGACGUGGGAGUGGAGGACGAUCUGAGUAGCAUCAAAAGAUGCAGGCAGGCACUGGAAGGCAUUUGGAUCAACAUCUACGAUUUCCUUGACGCUCUGGAGAAGGGCGUGCAACCUCGGCGUUUUCCAAGCCAGAGCGCACUUGCGCGUUACACGAUCAAGACUGGAAAAAUUUAUCCGAAGAAGAAGGCGAAGAAAGAAGGACCUGUGAGGGCGCUACUUGCGCAUAUUUUUAAUUGA